GAUUUUAGUCGAAUCAACGGCGCACAUUGGGUCCUAAUUUAACAUUUGAGAGAUCACACACAAUUUUGUUCCUGUAGUUGUUGUUCGUUCUUGCCCUUCUUCUUCCACAAUAAAGGUAAAAUCUUGCAAUCUCUCCGCUUGGGUCUGCGAAAAUUUUCAUCUGGGUUUGUUUGGAUGGUGAGAAAAUCAUAAGAAAGGGCAAGAAAAAAAUGCCUGUAUCGACUCGUUCUAAGGUUCUGAGGCAAGAGCAGAAUGAGCAAGAAAACGCCAAUUCGACUCUCCCGAUGCGAAAUCCGCAUCAAGGGCUGAAAGAGAAGAUGAGGGCUUUGACCCUUUUGUACGAACAGCAAAAGAGAGCCUCUUUUGCUCUGAGAAACCCUAAUCAGUCGCCGAAACACGAAGAACAGAGAUUCACCACUCACCCGAGCAUCGAGCUGCUUGAUUCUUGCAGGAAGGGAGAAAAGGGCCUGGGAAACGAGGUGAAAAAUUCGAACUUGGAGCACAAUACGAUGAGAGAGAACGAUGCAAACACUACAGCCACGAGAAAUCUGGUUUUGUCGCAGCCCCACGGUGGUGAGGAAGCUAAGGAGAACAAUGUAAUAAUGGAUAUUGAUCGCAAUGUAAUAGUGGGUGCUGAUCGAAUCACUUCGUAUCCGAAAAAGCGAGAAUCUUCCUCUAAUGUGAUGAGAAAGCUCUCCAUGGGAGCAUCUGUGCAGCAGAAUCCAGAUCAAGAUGAGGUUAAUGGAGCUAAUAAUGUCACACAGGUUGAUAAAGUGGAGAAAACAGAGAAUUUCGAUGAGAAUGGGAGUCGAAUUCUCGUUUUUUUGAGGCUUAGGCCAAUGGCGAAGAAAGAGAAAGAGGCCGGGUCUCGGUGUUGCGUGAAGAUAGUGAAUAAGAGAGAUGUUUAUCUGACGGAAUAUGCGAGUGAGAACGAUUAUCUCAGGCUGAAAAGGCUCCGAGGCCGCCAUUUCACCUUCGACGCUUCCUUCCCCGAGACCACGACUCAACAGGAAGUCUAUUCCACAACAACGUCAGCUCUUGUAGAGGCAGUUCUUCAAGGAAGGAAUGGUUCUGUUUUCUGCUAUGGUGCCACGGGAGCUGGCAAAACGUACACGAUGCUAGGCACGGUUGACAAUCCGGGUGUAAUGGUUUUAGCCAUUAAAGAUCUUUUUGCAAAGGUUAGACAGAGAAGCGUCGAUGGGAAUCACGUUGUUCAUCUUUCGUAUCUCGAGGUUUACAAUGAAACGGUUAGAGAUUUGCUCUCACCCGGUAGACCUCUAGUACUCCGCGAAGAUAAACAGGGAAUUGUAGCAGCUGGCCUCACUCAAUACCGAGCUUAUUCCACCGAUGAAGUCAUGGUGUUGCUCCAACGUGGAAAUCAAAACAGAACUACCGAGCCAACUCGUGCCAACGAAACUUCUUCACGUUCACAUGCUAUUCUUCAGGUCAUGGUGGAGUACAGGACAAGAGAUGCGUCCAUGAGCAUCAUAAACCGGAUUGGAAAGCUCUCUCUCAUCGAUCUUGCGGGAUCAGAGCGAGCCCUUGCAACUGACCAGAGGACACUUCGAUCUCUAGAGGGUGCAAACAUAAACCGAUCGCUUCUUGCACUGAGUAGUUGCAUCAAUGCAUUAGUGGAAGGCAAGAAGCAUAUCCCAUACAGGAAUUCAAAGCUCACUCAGCUACUCAAGGACUCAUUAGGAGGUGCCUGUAACACUGUGAUGAUCGCUAAUAUCAGUCCGAGCAAUCAUUCUUUCGGUGAAACGCAAAAUACCCUCCAUUGGGCGGAUCGAGCUAAGGAGAUCCGCACUAAGGGUUGUGAAACAAAUGAAGAGGUGGUCCAAGUGUCUGAACCAGGAUCAGGACAAGGACCAGACCAGGCCAAGCUCUUGUUUGAGGUUCAGAAAGAGAACCGAGAACUGCGUGUUCAACUGGCAAAGCAACAUCAAAAGCUCCUCACCCUCCAAGCACAGUCUUUGGCUGCAAACAAUAUUGCUUCCAUGACUCCACCUUCAGUCACAUCUCUCAUGACUCCGCCAUCAACCGCUCAACCAAACGAGAAACGAAAACCGAGGCCUUCGUUCUUGUCAGGCACGUGUUUCACCCCGGAAUCCAAAAGGAGAAAGGCAGAAGAAACUGUCAAGGAGCUUCAACUUACAGUAAAAUCUUUAAAAAUGGAGAUGGAGAGAAUGAAGAAAGAACAUACAUUGGAGAUCAAGAAAAAAGACGAACUCAUUCGAGAUCUUUCAAGAAAAAGGGAGAUAACACCGGGAAGAACUCGAGAACCGAAGAGGGUAAUCACUAGGGGGGAGAAGAAGAAGAAUGACCCUUCGAGCGAGUUGAAGAGCCCGAGCCAUCGGUUCAAGUCUCCAUUAGCAACAACAGCUAAAAAGAGAAGCUUUUGGGAUAUCACAGUAGGAAAUAGCCCUUCACUGAAUGGAAGGAAAACCAGAAGCCAUGUUGUUCUAGAAGCUUCCGCUUCUGCAGCUCCUUCCAUGCUUCUUCAGCCUGGCUUUGCUCGUCCCACCACAAGAUUCUGAUACUGACAUAUUUGAUUUCUCCAACUUCCUUUUCUCCUUUUUCUUUUUGGUUUUUCCCACUUUUUUUUUUGUAACAUCUGUAAAGACAAAACAUAACACACAAAAAAAAAAAAGAUUAUGGAGAAGAAGAGGAAAACAGCAUAGAGGGUGUGUUUGUCUCUGAUUUUAUUUUAUUUUAUUUUUCAUUAGGAUCAAUCACGUUGUGUGCCAUUUUAUGUAUUCUUUUACUAAUUAUUUUCAUUAGUUUUUGGAUU